AUGGGGGUGCGCCAAGUAUGCUUACAAUCCGUGGAGUCCAUCUUAACGGAAUAUGCAGAAGUCUUCCAGGACCUCGGGGCUUCACGAACCCCUCCAAUUGCUAUUGAUAUUGAUACGACAGCAUCACCCAAGUUUUUUAAAGCACGUUCGGUGCCCUUUGCCCUUCGGCCAAAGCUAGUUGAGGAGCUUGACAAGCUAGUAGCUCAGGGUAUUUUUGAGCCCGUGAGACACUCAAGCCAAACAGUUAACUCGGGCAAGGGUCAAGAGGUUCCCAACCCUCUGAAGAUGUACGGCCUAUACUUGGAAGCGGUGAAUGAUUACAUCAAUGAAUCCUAUGGGGAGGACGUCUGGAGACUGAUCGAGGCCCGAGCAGAAAUCCCCCAUCUCAAGUUUGUCAGACAUCAGAUGUACAAUGACAACCUGAUUCUACGGCUGGCCAAGGCAGCAGGCGAGGUUCUGGGGAAGACUCACGAUGAGCUGAUGUAUGCAUUUGGGGUCUACAUGGUCAAGAGGAUUGGAAACUACGGCUACGAGAGGAUCCUAAAGGUGUUGGGGCGUAACGUGCGUGACUUCAUCAAUGAACUGGACAACCUGCACGAGUAUUUCCGCUUCUCCUUCCCCAAGGUGCAGCCGCCCAGCUUCUGCGUGGAGGAGGAGUGUGAGACCAGCCUCACCCUGCACUACCGCAGCACCCGCAAGGGCUUCACCCAGUUUGUCAAAGGCCAGCUCUCUCAAGUGGGACGGCAGUUCUACAACACAGACAUCGAAGUGGAAAUCCUGUCCAAAGAGGAAACGGAGAAAAUGACAUACGUGGUCUACAAAAUGAACUUUGACAACGCGGCAUUCAAGCACCGCAUGCCGCAGCAGAAGACGGCGCCAGGUUACGAGAAGUUGCCCAUGAAGCGGGGCAUCUUCUUCGACAUGUUCCCCUUCAGCGUCAUCUUCCGCCGGGACAUGACCAUGUACCGCAUCGGCGACGGCCUGAAAGAGGUUUUCUCCGACCUGCAGGGCAAGAAGGUCAAUGAGGAGUUCACCCUGGUCAGGCCCAUGCUGGAGUUCAGCUGGGACAAUAUCUACACCCAUCUGAACAACGUGUUUGAGCUGCUGUCUAAAGCAGUGGUGGAAAGCAAGCAGAAGAUUAACAUCCCCAAACUGAGCAAGGAGGAGCCAGAGGAGAAGGAGCAGGGUGAAAAAUCCAAGAGAGAAGAAGAAAGAGAGGCCAAGUCAGUGGAGGAGAUAAAGGGGACGGACCAGGAGUACAGCAGCACUCUGACUCAAUACAACAGCUCUGCCAACUCUGGCGGGGAAGACAUUGAACUACUGGCAUUCCAGACUGUCACAGGGAAGUGCAGUGAGACCAUCUUCGAGGACAUGCGGGAGCCUCCGAAGAAGCCUCUCCACCUAAAGGGCCAGAUGAAGUACGUCCCGCAGUGGGACUCCCUCAUCUUCCUUGGGACACCCAUUAUUGAGACAGUGGAGGACAUGAUUAAGAUGGGAGUAUACGUGAAUGAUCUGAACCUGCACGACUCCAGCAGAGAGCUGAUACUGGCCGGGACUCAGCAAUCAGCUGAGCUGCAGCUGGCCCUUGACCAGGAGCAACAGAAGUAUGCCCAGCUGCAGGAAAUCAUCAAAAAGCUGGACGAGGAGAAAAAGCGAGGAGACUCCCUGCUGUACGCCAUGAUUCCCAAAGCUGUGGCGGAUCGCCUCAGGAAGGGCAUCACAGCACUGGAGACAUGCCAGGUCUUCCCAGAUGUGACCAUCCUGUUCAGUGAUGUGGUCAAGUUUAACGAGAUCUGCAUCCACAUCACACCCAUGCAGGUGGUGGACAUGCUCAACGAGAUCUACAUCGUCUUCGACACACUCAGUGAGAAGCACAACGUCUACAAGGUGGAGACUAUCCGUGAUGCCUACAUGGUGGUGGCAGGGGUUCCCAAUAAGACCACCUUCCAUGCCCACCACAUAUGUGACAUGGCCCUGGACAUGCUGAGCUCCAUCGACCACCUCAAAGAUCCCUCCACCGGGGACAACAUCCAGAUCAGAGUUGGUAUUCACUCAGGCAUGGUGGUGGCAGGAGUGGUGGGUCUGAAGAUGCCUCGCUACUGUCUGUUUGGCGACACCGGCAUGCAGAUCCACAUUAGCCAGACCACCAAAGACCAUCUGGAACAUGAACCCUAUAUCAUCGAGGAGAGGGGGAAGAUCUUUGUAAAGGGUAAAGGCUAUAUGAAGACGUACUGGCUGAAAGGGAAGAAGGAUUUGUCCUUCAAGACUCCCGCGGAGCUUCGUUACAGCAGCGAGCAGAAAGACUCGGAGGACAGGAGCUCCGGCAGCUCCACCUGCACCAACAACAAGCGCUCGACCUCCAACCUGCACAUCCCCAGCGACGAGCAGGCAGAGGGGAGACCCAACCCCGGCGACCCUCCCCUGGACACCGUGCUGCCACCAGAGAGCGCCAGUGAGUCCUCCACCAUCUCCGCAGAGCCCCAUGAGAAAGAGAAAACCAGGAAGACCAAAAACAACAAGGGGGUCAAGCUGGAGGUGCUGCAGGCCAGCGCGGCGCUGGAGGCGGCUCCGGCCACCAACGGGCUGGAGAACUUGGGCGCCUUGCUCAACAGCAAGAGGAACAGCUUCAGGCAGCAAUAUGUCAAGCUGCCAGCCAACCUGCCCAUGCGCAGCGCCGCCUGCUGUAUACUGUGA